AUGCUUGGCUCUCAUUCUCCAAGCCGGCUGGCGGCCGUUCUCGCAGUGACUGCGGGAUUGGUGGCAUCAGUUGGCGCAGCAAGUCCCAUUUCCGUCUCUGGUAAAUCGUUUGCUCUCAACGGAGACAACGUCUCGUACCGCUUCCACGUCGACGAGGACUCCAACGACCUCAUCGGCGACCAUUUCGGCGGCCCAGCCACCGAGGACGGCGUCUUCCCUCCCAUCAUCGGCCCCAUCCAGGGCUGGGUCGACCUCAUCGGCCGGCAGCGCCGCGAGUUCCCCGACCUGGGCCGCGGCGACUUUCGCACUCCCGCGGUGCACAUCAAGCAGGCGGCGGGCUACACGGUCAGCGAGUUCAAGUACCUGUCGCAUAACGUUGUCAAGGGCAAGCCCGCGCUGCACGGCCUGCCCUCGACUUUUGGCGAUGCUGGGGAUGUGUCGACGCUGGUUGUGCACAUGUACGAUAACUACAGCUCCGUGGCGGCGGACUUGACAUACUCCAUCUUUCCCAAGUACGAUGCCAUUGUGCGCAGUGUCAAUAUUACCAACAAGGGCAAGGGGAACAUUACUAUUGAGAAGCUUGCCAGUUUGAGUGUCGACCUGCCGUACGAAGAGCUGGACAUGCUGGAGCUGAAGGGAGACUGGGCUCGCGAGGGGAUGCGAGUGCGUCGUAACGUCAACUACGGUACUCAGGGCUUUGGGAGCACGACUGGCUACUCCUCCCAUCUGCACAACCCAUUCUUUUCGCUCAUUACGCCCUCGACGACCGAGUCACAGGGCGAGGCUUGGGGCUUCUCUCUCGUUUACACUGGCUCAUUCUCUGUCGAAGUUGAAAAGGCUUCUCAGGGUCUUACGCGUGCUGCUCUUGGUGUCAACCCCUACCAGCUAUCUUGGCCACUUGCACCAGGCGAGACAUUUUCCACCCCCGAAGCCGUUGCCGUAUUUUCGAACACGGGUGUUGGUGGAAUGUCAAGAAAGUUUCACAGUCUCUACCGCAAGCAUCUCAUCAAGAGCAAGUUUGCGACGCAGAUGCACCCCGUCCUGCUCAACAGCUGGGAGGGCCUCGGGUUCGAUUACAACGACACCACGAUUCUGCACCUGGCUCAGGAGUCUGCUGAUCUGGGCGUCAAGCUGUUUGUCCUCGACGACGGCUGGUUUGGCGUCAAGUACCCUCGCAUAACUGACAAUGCUGGUCUCGGAGACUGGGAGGCGAAUCCUAAGAGGUUCCCCCAGGGGUUGCCAGACUUUAUCGCCAACGUGACGAAGCUCAAGGUUGCUAAUUCCUCCGAUCAUUUGCAGUUUGGCCUGUGGUUUGAGCCAGAAAUGGUCAACCCCAACUCGAGUCUGUAUCACGAGCAUCCCGACUGGGCGAUCCACGCCGGGUCGUACCCUCGCACCUUGACGAGAAACCAGCUGGUGCUCAACGUGGCUCUCCCCGAAGUGCAGGACUUUAUCAUCGAAUCGCUGUCCAACAUUCUCGGCAACGCCAGCAUCUCCUACGUCAAGUGGGACAACAACCGCGGCAUCCACGAGGCGCCUUACCCCGGGCUCGACUACGCUUACAUGCUCGGCCUGUACCGCGUCUUUGAUACGCUGUCGACGCGGUUCCCCAACGUGCGGUGGGAGGGAUGCGCAUCUGGAGGAGGCCGAUUCGACCCUGGUGUGCUGCAGUAUUUCCCACACAUCUGGACGUCUGACGACACGGAUGCCGUCGAGCGCAUCUCUAUCCAGUUUGGCACCUCGCUGGUGUAUCCGCCAUCAGCCAUGGGCGCCCACGUCUCUGCUGUGCCCAACGGCCAGACUUCACGCACAACGUCCAUCACCUUCCGCGCCCAUGUUGCCAUGAUGGGAGGGUCGUUUGGCUUCGAGCUCAACCCGGCUAAGAUGCCGGACGACGACAAGGCGCAGAUCCCAGACAUUAUUGCGCUGGCAGAGAAAGUGAAUCCCAUUGUGGUCAAGGGCGACAUGUGGCGACUGAGCCUGCCGGAGGAGUCCAACUGGCCGGCUGCAUUGUUCAUCUCGGAGGACGGCAGCCAGGCGGUCUUGUUUUACUUCCAGAUCAAGGCCAAUAUCAAUAACGCGUGGCCGGUGCUGCGGCUGCAGGGCUUGGAUGCGGGAGCCAAGUACAAGAUUGAUGGGAAUCAGACGUUUUCGGGGGCGACGUUGAUGAAUAUUGGGUUGCAGUAUCAGUUUAAUGGGGACUUUGACAGCAAGGUGGUGUUUUUGGAGAAGCAAUGA